GGCGUCAAUGCAUGCCUCCCCGAAAAUGGUACCCAAUUUCGUUACUCAUUAGCCAUAUAGUAAUCCCUUCUCUUUUCUUAUUAUUUGACAUCGAAUACUCGAGAAUCUCCGUCUCAUCUCCCAAUCUAAUCUUCUUGCUUUUGGUUCUAAUUCGCUAUUUGAGUGUGUUCACACACUGUGGUUUUCUAGGACUUCUCCGAAGUUACAGAGGCGUGUCUUAGCUCUUUCAGGUCUGAUUUACACCUUUUUUUCAGCUUCCCGGAUGGAUUGAUAGUUUCUGGGUAUUGGCUAUAAUGGAAAUCUCUAGCGUUACUUCUCCACGAAUGAGAUCUGAUCAUUUAGAAAAGGAAGGACUAAAGGAAACCCAUGGUGCAAAUUUUGAGCUAGAAUCAUCACAUGAUGCUACUGAUCCUAACCACCGAUUCCAUUCCAUGAAUGCUUUGGAGAUCUUAAGAGAAACCGUUAGGAUCUUACGGUACAACUGUUCUGGUUUUAUGAUCAUUUUAGCUUUGUUUAUUUGCCCUUUAUCUGCAAUGCUUAUGUCUUCUAAUUUGAUAGUUGGUCAAUCCAUUGUGAAAAGUCUAACAGUUAGGCUUAUGUUAGCUGCCGAAACCAGUGGAGUUCCAUUGAGACCUUUUAUCAAACAGUCGUGCCAACAUUUUGCUGAGACCGCUGUUUCCUCAGUAAUGUGCUUCCCUUUGUUGCUUCCAUUUGCCUUGUUAUCAAAGGCUGCAGUGGUUUAUUGUGUGGAUUGUACUUAUUUGAAGGAAUCACCUGAUGCUUCGAAGUUUUUUGUGAUAAUUAGGAAGCUUUGGAAGCCACUUGUUUCUACCUAUUUGUGGAUGUCUAUGGUUAUCGUUGGUUGUGUAACAACUUUCUUCGUUUUUCUUGUUGUGGCGUGUAAUUUGCUUUCUGCUAUUGGGUUUUCGCCUGAUAUAAUUGUCUAUGCGAUGAUAAUGAUGGGGCUGGUAUUCUCCAUCGUUUUCGCAAAUGCUAUCGUUGUCUGCAAUGUUGGGAUUGUAAUCUGUGUGUUAGAGGAAGUUUCGGGAAUACAGGCAUUGGUUCGGGCCUUUGUUCUAAUCAAGGCUCAGGCUCAGGUUGGUAUGUUGAUAUUUCUUGGAUCUACAAUUGGCUUGACAUUUGUGACUGGGUUGUUUGAUCAUAGGGUAAAGACGUUGAGUUAUGGAGAUGGGUCUUCCAGGAUCUGGGAAGGGCCUUUGUUGGUGGUAAUGUUUUCGUUCGUGAUGCUUAUCGAUUCCAUUAUGAGUACGGUUUUCUAUUUCAGUUGCAGAUCGCACGCUGCAGAAACUUCAGCUGGUGAACGUUAGUCAAUGGUCUGAUGAAUUGUUGGGUGUUCAAUGGCAUCAUCAUGUGCAUUGUUAUGCUCUUGGCUAAUAUUUUAUUGAGUUCAUAUCAUGAAAUGAUACCACAUUGAGUAGAUUCAGAUACAGUUUACAGUUCCAUUCUCGGAUUACCGAUGCGGAGCAAUUGCUGUUGUUUCCGCAGAAGUCCAACAAGCAGGAGGGUUUGCUGCUCGUGAUUUGCUAAAUAUGAUGCUCGUAACUCUUCAAAAGGUGCAUAAUUUCUUGUAAGGCUAGACAUAAACCAAUUUGAUUUGAUAUAAAUGCAUAUAAAUGUUCAUCAGUUAUGUAAGGUAGAAUUUCUGAUUUAAUCGGUUCAAGUUGCUGGAUCAUUUCAUGUU